UACAUAUAUUACAUUGCAUAUACAUACGUAUAAACGAUUAAUAUAAUAAAGAGCACAACGCAAAGAAAAAUAUCAAGUCAUACCUUAUUAUCUGGCAACGCCGUUGAGAGCUCUUUCAUUUGGCACCUCAAUCGUCAAAGUAGCUGCUAAUGUAGUAAAUUUGGAAACAAAACAACAUUUCAAUGAGAGCAACAACUACCGUAAUUCAUAUGCAAAUGCAUUACACCUUCGUUAUGAUAGCGAAGGAAAGCCUUCCCCUCAUUCAUACUCUGACACAUACAACAAUCACCACAGCAUCAAUGUUGGCGUGGGGUACUCUCCACACUCACUUCACAUUCGCUCAGUCAAUCAAGUGGAAUUUUUCACUUGCGGUCAGCCAACUUUGGAAUUGCGCGUCGGUUCGCGUUGCGAGAAAAAUAGUAAUAAACGCGUUAGAAAUUAAUAGUAAAAGUGCAUUUUCAUAUAUUUUGUGAUAUUUAAAAUUAUGUGUUAGAGUUGUGCAAAUUAAACAAAGUCAAAAUUGUGUUAAAGCAAAUAAAAUAGUGUGCAUAGUUACAUAUUUAUUUGUAUUUCUUAUUAAAUAUUGUUUUUAAUGGUGCUAAGAUUGAAGUGUAUGGAAAUUGUGAAAUAUUAGUAAUUUCUAGUGUUGUGAAAAGUUAGUGAAUUAUUUUCUAUUUCAAUAUAGUUGUUUGCAUAUGUACGUAAAAUGUCGUGAGGUCAUGCGUUCGUUCUUUCGAUGUUCGUCUGUUGCCGAUUUUUAAUUAACCAACAUGGCCGUUCGUAUAAACAAACAAACAACAGCAAUGAAGGAGAGUAAUAGUUUUCUAUUGUAUAUUUUAAAGGCAUAUUUAAGCUAUAAAUAAAAAACAACUGGAUACUGUGAAGCAAAUACGACAAUUUUAGGCAUGUGGGGGCAUCAACUUCAUCUUAUGACCCACCAAUCCAAUUCUCAAGUAAUUAACUCUGAAGUCUUGGAAGACGCUGAAUGAAUUGACAAUUGUAAAAUAUUAACUAACGGUAAGUCCGACCAUAUAUAAGGUACAGUUAAUAGUAGCAACUAAAUAAAAGAAGCUGCUUGAAAAUGAUUACGUGAGAAACCGCACUUAUUAACGAAUUAAAUGGACAGCAAUCGCUGGCGCAAUAAAAGCAAAGCGAACCGAAAACGAAAAAAGCAACUAAAGCCACCAACAAAUGCUUCGAGCUCCACUGGAAGUUGGUGCUAACGGCAUAUGCAGCAAUUGCAAAUAAAAAGUGUGCCACCGAAGACAAAUCAAAAAUCAGUUAUAUACAACAUUCCCGCUUAUAUCGACGCUUAGACAACUUAGCCACAGCUGAGCGCAAAAUGUCCCGGACCACUUGCGGGUUUACCAAGAGUUGUUGUUGUGCGUGAGUGUAAAAUCGAAACGAAUGUGUAAGCUGAGGAAAAAUGCGUUUGCAGGGCAAUAAACGCCAAAAACUAAAAAAACAGCAACAACAACGAUGCAGCAAUACAAGUAAACACAACAGCGAAAGCAACUUCGACGCAGCGAUAAAUCGCCAGCAACGAGGUAAUAAAAAACGCCAGCAAAGAGAGCAAUCACAGCAAGUCAAGCAAUUCGUUGAACGGCAGCCGAGUAUUGAACGUGCGAGCAAAGGAAGGGCGCGCUUUGAGGUAGAAGCAGCUGCAACUAAAAUAAAAGAAACUACUUUGGCGGAGAGUAGACUCACCGGGAAGCACACAGCAAUCCAACUUUCUGCAGCGCAGAGUCGUCAUCACACACGCACUACUGCGGCGCCAACACACUUUGCACCGUCGCUGCUGUACACCGUCCCUCGAUUCCUCAUACUCUUCGUGCUUUGCUGCACGAUGCCGCCACAAGCGCAUGGCGACUGGUUGAUGGACUGUGGCGAUUGCCAGUGUAAAUGGCAGUCGGGCAAAAAGACCGCCGAUUGUAAGAAUCUUACAUUGAACGCCGUGCCGGAGAACCUGAGCAAUGAGGUACAGGUGCUGGAUCUCUCUUUCAAUCGUGUUGCCAUACUGGAGCAGAAUGCCUUUCUCAAUGCUGACUUGCAUAAUCUACACAAGCUCUUCAUCCGUAACGCAUCGCUGCAACAGAUCGACGCGCGCACAUUUACCCAACUCGAGAUCUUGAUCGAAGUGGAUUUCUCAAAUAAUUUAUUGCGUAAUCUACAAGCGAAUGUCUUUGCGCGGUUGGUGAAAGUGCGCGCAAUCGUGCUGAACGGUAAUCUCUUGGAGACGCUCUCCGAUGGUGUCUUCCAGAACCUCAAGUACCUGCAUAAGGUCGAGCUGAAACACAAUCGGCUGAUGCGUAUUGGACAGCAGGCGUUCAACAACGUACCGCUCCUAUCGCAGAUCUACUUGGAUGGCAAUCGUCUGAGCUUUCUGCGUAAGGAGUCAUUCGAAUCGCUCAAACGACUGACAGCGCUAUCACUCGAUUCGAAUCCGUGGAACUGCACCUGCGAACUGCAAAUAUUCCGUGACUUUGUGCUGAAACGCAAUCUCUACACACCGCCGACGGCCUGUUAUUACCCCAUACACCUGCGUGGCAUGUUGUGGGUCGAAGAUCAGCCCGAGGCUUUUGCGUGUAAACCACGCAUCAUAUUUCCGGCACGCGGCGCUUCCAUCAGCACGUCGAAGGCGAAUGUAACGCUGGUGUGUCGCGUGCAUGCGUCGCCGAAUACACACAUAACCUGGGACUACAACCGUCAACAAUAUCGUUCGUCCACCAGUAAUAUUGGCGGCAACGGCAUUAAUACAGUCACCACCAACAGCGGCGCUAGUUGUUGCGCCAACGGCCAGGCGCAGCGUUUGCAUAUAGAAUUGCUGCGCGAUGAGCAAUCAAAGGAGAAAGAGUUCGGACGUGAUGUAUUCAUAUCGCGUCUUACCAUUGUGGCUGCCGAAAAGAGUGAUGAAGGUACGUACACGUGCGCUGCGGAGAAUGCUGGUGGCAAGGAUGCAGUGCAAAUUAAUCUACUGGUGCAACGGCCGAGUCCGCGCGAGCUGCUGUUGCAAGGCAAUUUAGUCGUUGUUGUUUCACUGAUGGCGCUGGGCCUGCUCGGCGUAUCCGUGUUUCUCGCGCUCGUCACUUGCUGCAUUUAUAAGCGCUUUAAGGCAAUGAGUCCCACAAGUCAUCGGCAUCAUCAUCAUCAUCUCGAUGGCGCAGACCAAUUGACGCCCGGCAUGGAUGGUCAGCAUACGACGACGACUACGGUGACCGGUGGCACUGACGUGGUGCUCGGCAUGGAUGAUACAGUGGGCAGUUACAAACAUCAUUUGCAGAAGAAGAAUGCGAAUGGUGAUGUAGUUGAGGGAAAGGGUGGUGGUGGUGGCGUAGAUAGUGGCAAAUACUCGGAGGUGAUAAAACAUGGCGUGACUGUGAUGGAUAAUGGCGGUAUGCUGUCAGGCGUCGGCGGCCGUAAUAUUGGAGUGGAUGGCACUGGUGCGCACAGAAGUGGCCCACAUGCGGACAAAAUGUACUUGGAGCGAAGCAAUGACGAUACGCUCCACAACAAGUACCCGCAUGGACCGUCCGCAGCGGAUAUAAAUCGUCUUCUCAAUGCGACAUCAACAACAACACUGGACAUGACGGUUGGCGGCAAAGGUGCGCACGCCGGUGUCGGUGGUGGCAAGUGGCGCACCGAAGUACAGUUCACUGAAGGUCAGCUGGGCGGCGGUGGGCGCGCCGGCGAAUACCAACCCGACCUGCUGCCCGCAUACAGCACCCACAAAGCCGUCAACAAUAGUUGUAGUAACAGUAACAUUAACGGUCAUGCCAACAGUGCGGUCAGCAAUCAGCAGCAAGGACAGCUUUAUAGUCCGAUAAAAGCAACGAGGACAAUAAAUCUGCACGAUGACCAGCAAAUGUCACAGCAGCAACUUCAACACCAACAACAACCACCCAUUGUGGCCAAGAGUAAAUAUAAUAUCAAUGCGCAAGAGUAUCUGCAGUCCAGGUAUGGUGCCGCCAGCAAGCCUCACGAGAAGACAUUGCGCCGCGGUGACGUGAUUGCGGUGGCGACGACCAGCAUCGCCCUCACCACGACCGGUUCAAUGCCAACGACGACUGUUAGCGCGUCCAGUGGCGUGGCGCCGCAAGCGGAAAGUGGCUUCUCGACGCUACAACGACACAGUAAAUCAGUUGCGCUACCGCCGCGCACACCCACCGAUACACAUGCUGUGACAGCGGCAGCGUCGAGCAGCAGCACCGGUUAUGGCUACGAGUAUCGGCAGCCACCGCCGCCACCUUACAAUUCGGCGCAUCGCACUGCGAGCGGCCUACAGCUGUUACAGCGACGCACCAGCAUCAACAGCGAGGCGAAUAACGAACAAACGAGCGCGACGAAGGACCUUGGCUAUCGGGAGACAAUAGGCGGCAGUAGUUAUGGUGGCGCCGGCGGUGUUGGUAUGGGGGAUGGCGCACGUCAGACCAUUGUGACAGCAUCCUCAUCACUGCAAUUCCUCACGACCACUGGGUACGGUGGCAAUGCGGCGCCGCAACGGCAACUGCUUUGAUUGUCUACGCAGGCUGGUGUGCUGAGGUAGAAUAUCGGGCGGUUGCUCUAAGCGGCGCGCACCGUUGUGGUGAUUUGUACAGGCGGUUGCGAACUGGAGAAUGAUCUCUUUAAUAAUCAAGAAAAAUUUUACAACCAUGUGGAAGCUCAGUCAAAAUGGAUUUCUUAAAGAAAGCUGCUGGAGCCGUAAAGUUAACUGGUAAACACCUUCGUAUGUAAAUAUUGCGAGAUUUGUGACGGAAUUACAAAGUAAUUUCAAGAAAAAGUUGAAUUUUAUUUGGUAACAAUUUUUAAAUAAAUUAAAUAAGUGGUU